AUGUUAACAUCAGAAAAUAAUCAAUCGGAAAAACACACAAUAAAAAUUGUGCUUCGCGGCGAACGAGGUCUCACAGCUAUGCUUUCGUUGCAUAAUUCAUCGUGGAAUAAAAUACCAUUUCGAGCAAAACAUAAAGAUAAAUUUCUGUUGCUCGCAUCUGAUAUUGGACAAAUAAUAGGGUUAACAAUAUUUCAUGCAAGUGAAGACGGAAAAUUCAAUUUUGAUAUUAUUGAAAUAUUUGUACCAGAUACAAAAUCGUGUAUUCGAUUAAAUGGAAAAUAUCAAAUAUUCAAUGAGAUUAUUGAUUUUAAUUGUCAAGAAUCGCAUAGUGUUUAUCUCGUUCAAAUUAAAUCAGGUUUUAGUACAUUAAAUGAAACAGCCAGCGUCGUUUUAACACUUUUUGGCGAAGAAUCAUCUGUUGACUGGAUUUUAUUAACCUGUGAUAAUGAUACUCAACCAUUUCGUACUGGACAACUUGAUACAUUUUAUAUUCCAACAAAGAGAUUGGGCAAAAUUCGUGCUGUGAAUAUUAACUGUUCAAAUAUUGAUGCGAAUUCGAAAUGGUUUUGUGAAAUGAUCUAUGUUCAUGAUACAGUUUUUAAUAUAAAAUCUAAUUAUGUAAUUAAUCGUUGGUUUGGUGAUCAUCACGAAUCAGAUUUUGUCGAUACAUUAAAUACCACAAGUAAAGCAGCACUGAUUCAACCAGCUUCAACAAGAUUACUGACGACUUUUCUUAUGCUAAUAAAAAAUGGUCUUCGAACAAACACAAAUCCAAUGCUCAUACCUUCGCUAUAUGUUUUCUUCGCUGGUCAAUAUGGAACUUCACCUGUUAUUCAUUUAAAUGAGCUUACUGAUCGAAAUGACAUAUUUCAAUCGUUAGAAACCGAUGAAUUUACUUUUACAAUACCUGAUACUGGCAUGCCUGAUAUCAUGCGCAUUUGGAAUACAGAUGAUCUUGCUCCGUGGACAUGUGAAUAUAUAGAUAUUAAAAAUAUAACUAAUUCUAAAACAGCUCACUUUCCAAUGGGCGUUGAUUUACCAAAAGUUGAUUCGUUUUUUUCGUCGUAUAUUGAUCUUGAAGUUGAUAUUGGACGAGUAAUACUUCCAUUACCAGGACCACGUAAUGACGCUGCAUAUCCAUCAUAUCAACUAAUGAUUCGAACUAAUCAAGCUAUAGAUGCUAACGAUAGUGUUGUUACUAUACAAAUAAAAAGUGAUAAACACCAAUCAAAAUUGAUCCCAUUAAUUGGUCUAUUUAAAAAUGAAACAACUUCUAAACUCUAUCUCUAUGGUAUUUGUCCACUAGGAGAAUUAAAAGAAAUUUCAAUCUAUUUUGAUGGAAAUCAUAAAAAUGCACAAUGGAUAUGUGAAUAUGUGAUGAUUUAUGAUUAUUUAAAUCAUCAGUAUUAUGGAGCAAAAAUAAAUACGAGUGUAACGUCCCAUCCAAUCUAUAGAAUAUUAUAUAAAACUCAAGCAAAUGUACAAACAAAUAUAACAAGAGAUGCAGAAAUUUCAAUUCGAUUGAUUGGUGAUGAAUCGACAUCGUUUUUUCGUCUUGAGCAUACUCGUCCGCUCAUAUCUGGAUCUAUCGAAGAGUCGUUCUAUCAAGAAAAUGAAUCGAUUACUGGAGUAAAAAUUUUAGAAUUCAAAAUAAUACAUAUUUUUCUUUUGAGACAGUUAAAUAAACUAGAAAUUCAAUUGUUUGAUAAUGCAAAUACACAUUGGGCUUGUGAAUCUAUUGAAAUUCAAAAUUUAUUAACAGAUGAAAUUGUUGUAUUUCCAAUAAAUGAUAUUCUAGAAGCAACAAUAAAAACAGAUGUAACCAAUCAAAAGAUCACAACAUGGAAAUCAGGUUUUAAAUCUGGUAUUAUUUAUAUUAUGCGAGUUCGAACAGGAUAUCAAGGUGCUUCAUUAAAUUUUCGUUUUGGUUCUGUAUAUUUAUCAUUGAAACUAUAUGGUGAUUCUGGUGUGUCUAAUGAAAUACCAUUACGUAUUCCUUUUGAACAAUUAUAUUAUCUUAAAUGUAAUCAAACCGAUACAUUUGAAAUCGGACAAAUCACAUCUGUUGUUGGUCAAAUAAGUUCAAUUGAUAUAUAUCAUAAUGGCAAACGAGAAGAUUUUUGGCAUAUCAAUUGGAUCGAUAUAAUUGAUAUAACAACAAAUAAAUCCUACCAUUUUACAAUUGAAAAAUAUCUGAACAAAGAUUUAGGAACAAAUUUUAAAGUUCUACACAUUCCAGCGGAUGUAUCUAUAUCUGCAACUGCAGAUGAGCUUGAAUCGAUACCUAACUAUGCAAUACGUGUUAAAACUGGCACACAAACACCGGCACAUAUUGAUGAUACUGAUGAAUUGUCGACUGUCUCUAUUGUGUUAAUUGAUCCUAUAAAUGAUUCUGCUCGUACACCAUUAAAACGAAUCAAUAGCACUGCACGAUCAAUUUUUCAGCCUGGUCAAGAAGAUAGAUUUGAUAUUACGAUGACGCCAAUGUUAGAGUUAAAAGUAUUACAAAUAUAUUUUAAUGGCACAUUUCCUUGGUUUUGUGCACGCAUAACUAUAACCGAUCGAAUCAGUGGCUUAUCCUAUCGAUUUGAUGUUGAACAAUGGUUAACAGAAAAUGCACUGGAUAACCCAGUGAACGUUUUUGGUCAACGAGAAGAUGAUCUGGGUUGGAUGUAUUCUGUCACGAUUAAAACUCAAGCUGUUCUACCAGCUAAAACAAAUUUACGUGGAAAGAUUCUCCUAUCAAUCUAUGGCGAACAAGGUUCAUUAGAUGAUGCUAUUCUUGGUUCUGGUCGAUUAAUGCACGGAUUAUUUCAUGCUGGAGGAGAAGAUAUGAUUGAACUUAAAAGCAACAAACGACUUGGAGAAAUUAAUUCAAUUGAAGUACGUCUUGAAGUAGCUGAAUGGCAAUCAUGGUUAUGUGAUACGAUUGAAAUUGUUGAUUCAACUGCUAAUUGGGAUUUUUUAUCACGUACCAUGAUAACAAAAACUUACAAAUUUCCAAUAAAUCGUUGGCUUGGUGCACAUGCAAUGGAUAAAAGAAAUAGUAUUCGUACAUUGAUAAAUCAAGAACCUGGCUAUGCUAAAAUGCCUUCAUAUAUAAUUCAUAUAUUAACUGGUACUAAAAAUAUUAGUAACGAUUCCGAUAUUCCGACUAAUGUUUACCUACAAUUAUUUUGCUCUAUUUCAAACAAUGUCUACGGACCUAUUCUACUGGAUAAAUCAUCGAAUAAUACCCAAGCAUUUCGUAAAGGUCAGAUCGAUGAAUUCUACAUCAAUGAUUUAUCUUAUUGCGGUGAAAUAAACAAAAUUCGUCUAUGGCAUGAUGGUGGUAAAGUCACGUCAUGGCAUUGCGAAUGGAUCAAAAUAACCAAUGUAGAAAAAAAUGAACUAUAUGAAUUUUCCGUUGAAAAAAUUCUAGACGAAGAUCUUGAAGAAGGUUCAAGUAAUUUAAUUUUAUAUAGUAAAAAAAAAGACGAAAUGAAUGAAAGUGAACUUGCUACGCCAAGAUCGAUAAUUUCGUAA